AAGCAGUGUUUCACUUCCUUCACUGGUUGAAAAGAAGGAACCAAGCUUCUGUUUAACAAGUUGAUAACACUGUCAUGCUGGAAAGAUAUAACCUUCUGAAAUGGGGAAACCUGAUCAAGCAUGUAAAUAUAUGUCUCAUCUCUCAGAUUAUUCAUGGCAUGGCUUCUUUCCCACUCAUUGUAUAAAUACAAACAUAUCUCAAGAGGAGUCACAAGAGGAAAACUGCAUUAUCCCCCUAAGAAAAUCUGAUCUCAGUCAAUCUGCAUUUUUAAUUAAAGCAGCACAUAAAUGGAAUACCCCAUCAGGGGAAAGGUCCUUUUCUAGACACUAAAUAACCUUAAUUUAUUUGAGUUUGUUUUCAUUGUUACUCUUGUGUGUCCUUGUUUGUUGUUGUGUGUUGUUUGUUUUUGCAUUGUUGAACAGAUUUUACUGCGGCCCAUGUCAUUCGGCAUCACUGAUGGGUUUGGUUGGGUGUGGUCAGAUGUAUACCCUGUUGUACCUGUACAUGACUGCAGCAAGACUCUGCAGUCCACCUGAGGGAAGCCGCCAUGGAGAAAUCGAGAAACUUCAGAAUUGACGCCCUGCUCGCCGAUGAGACCAACCGGAGGAGCCGAGACCUCUCCCCGGGUCUGAACAGCGACAGCCCCGCAGACAGCCCGGUCUCCUGCCGCCGAGCGGACACCCCGUCUCCGCGGGCCGCACAACUUCAGACCGGAAUAAUCCCCAAACCGGGUAUCCUAAAUCUCCCGCAUCCAGGACUCGCUUCGAUUCCCGGCAUGUAUCCUGCACCCAUGUACCCAUUAUCGGCGUUAGGUGGGCAGCACCCCGCCUUCGCAUACACCGGCUUCACACAGCUCACACAGACUUACCCAGAGCACCUGAAGGCGGCUGCCAUGGCGGGAUCUCUGCCCCUGGAGCACUGGAUCCGCGCAGGGAUCAUGCUGCCUCGACUGCCAGAUUACAGCUCGGGCCCUCAGUCUGGUUUGUUAGGGAAGUGCCGGAGGCCACGCACCGCCUUCACCAGUCAGCAGCUGCUGGAGCUGGAGAACCAGUUUAAGCUCAACAAGUACCUGUCCAGACCCAAGCGCUUCGAAGUGGCCACCUCACUCAUGCUGACUGAAACACAGGUCAAAAUCUGGUUCCAAAAUCGGAGGAUGAAGUGGAAACGCAGUCGGAAGGCGAAGGAACAGGCCACCGCCUCGGCCCAGUCUGAAGCACAGCGACUACGCAGCGGAGGGAAAGCAGCCAAAGACAAAUCUGAUGAGAGCAGACAAGCUGUGAACCCAGACGACAGAGGAAUAGAUCUUGAUUUGGAGGAUGGAGAAGAGGAGGAAGAGGACGAGGAGGAGGACGAGGAGGAGGAAGAAGAGGAGGAAACCCAGCAUGGUUUUCCUGUUGCUAUGGGUAACGGCAUAGGGAUGCCACGAUCCACGGACUUCUUGCAGCGCAGCACUGAUGUUGGCUACAAUCCCCACAGCCCUUUCUCUGAUGAUGAGCUGGAGGGAGUGCAAGUAGGAGGAGGUGACAGGAAGAUCGGAGCGGGACUGUGAAAAGACACCCAGAGGAGUUACACUGGGACGUGUCUGUGUUUGUGGGGACUGGAGAAGACAUUUCCAGACCUAAAGAACUUUGUCUGGUCUGUUAUGUGAAGUAUUAUGUGUUCCAUUCAGGAAAUUUGUUGGAGUCACUAAUUAUUCACACAGAUACACACAGGUUUAUAACACAAAUAUACUGUAUAAACUAUCUGUGAAUAAAAUCAUCCCUAAGUACUGUACAUUUCGUUGCAUGCUGAAAAAAGGUGCUAAUUUCCGCACUAAAUUUAGCUGUUUUCAUGGGUCAUCACCUUCUGGUCACCUUGUCUUUGCUUCAUCCACUGACAGCAGGGGCUCCACCCAGUGAACACACACACACACACACACACACACACACACACACACACACACACACACACGACUACAAGAAUGAAGGAUGUGAAGUACGACAAGUGAACUGUGGUGCGUUCAGGCACCGUGAGAAUGUACAGUAGGUGCAGCAUCCACUGCAUCAUGAAGACAAAAAGAAGUCAAAGUAAAACAAGCUGGGUGCUGUUGAGACUGAAGCAAAUACUUUGCAGAACAUCCCAUGCAUUACAUUUACUUUUGUGCAUUUUGUGUGUAUAAUGAUGUUUCUUCUGUUCUUGAUGGUGUUUCUGAAUUUGUUCUUGUCACUUACAUGUAAAUUAACUUAAUUUAUUUGAAUGAUUGCAAAGAUGAAUCAUACAUGCAUUUAUCUGAAACUUGUUUGUGGUGUAACUGUGAAAUAAAACAAAUGACAGCAAAAAAUAAAUGAAGAAUGAGCUGAAGAAA